GGCACUCAAGAGAGCUUUCCAAAUAAAAAUAUUUCUCUAUCGCCGCUGUCAGUUUGUGCACACAAAAUUAACGAACGUUUUGCAAUGGCGUCAAGUGAUGAGAAGAUGUCAAGACUACUGAAACUAGCUCAGAAGUUCAAUAGUUUCUACUUAACAGGGUUUGGACGGGAUGAAAUCCGACCUUUUGUAGUUGAAGGCCAGCAAGUGGGUUUGAUCAAACCCGAGGUCUACAAGCAACUGCUAAGAUAUCCUGAAGUAUUUUGCAUUCGUGAUAGUGAAAGAUGUAAACAGGGCAUUGUAGAAUUAAAUCCAGCUUUUCGUGACUACACUGAAAGGUCGGAGAAAGUUGACAAAAUAUUACGAGAACUCAAGAGUGAAGGAAUAUUUUCAGCAUUGUAUGGAUGGCGGAAUGAAUACUACGAUGUGAAAUCUGGACACAAUAGCUUGUUAAAAAUGGAUCGUUCAGCAACUUGUUUAUUUGGUGUACGAAAAUAUGGUAUUGAUAUUAAUGGUUACGUCAAGCAUCCAACAUGGGGAUUGUGUCUGUGGCUACAGCAACGAUCCGAUACGAAGGAGACAUGGCCAGGAAAGUGGGACAACAUGGUUGGCGGUGGUUUGUCAGUUGGUUAUGGUAUUAAGGAAACUGCAAUUAAGGAAGCAGCUGAGGAGGCAUCAAUACCGGAAAAUUUAAUUAAGAAUCUUACAUCUGCCGGCUGUGUCUCGUUUUUCUUUGAAAAUGAACAAGGAUUAUUCCCCAAUACCGAAUUCGUAUUCGAUUUAGAACUUCCAAUUGAUUUCGAACCAAAAAAUGCUGAUGGUGAAGUUCAGAAAUUUGAAUUAUUACCGGCUGGAGAGUGUUUAGAACGAGCAUUUGGACCAGAAUUUAAAACGACUAGUUGCCCAGUAGUUAUCGAUUUUUUGAUACGACAUGGUUUUAUAACACCAGAAAAUGAAAUCAAUUUUACACAAAUUGUUGAGCUGCUUCAUGUACCGCUUCAGACGCUAUAUACGUACAAAUCAACAAAGUCUUUAGCAAAUAAUUGCGAAAAUGGACAUAUUAAAAAUCUUAGUUCAUAAGUUCUUACCCACAAAUACAUUAAAAGAGAUAUUUUAUUUUUUAAUUUUCAUCUUGAAAAGACAUCACAACCCAUAAUUUUUUAUUUGUUACUUACUAUACAUUUAAAUGCUGUAUUUUAAUUAAAAGUAUAAAUCCUAUAGAUGAUUUUAAUAUCUUUACUUCGGUUAUGGAAGAAAAAGAAACGAAUGUUUUAAGACUAAUGAGAAAAUGUAGGUGAAUAAUUUAUGGAAAAUAUAAUAAUAAUAUUAAAAAAAAAAAUAAAUAUGUAUAUCUUGUUUGAACAAUGGAUAUCUCUGAAGAAUGUUUAGAUAAUAUAUGUAAGUUUUGUUGAUGUUUUUAAGUACUAACAACUUUAUUCGAAAGAUAUGUGUAAUACAGAAUAAUUUCUCUAACACAAUAUAUAACGAAAUAUUCAUAUGAAAUUUAACAAUAUUGAAAAUAUUUAUAUAUAUACUUUUUUUUUGGGAGAAUAAAAUGCUUCAAGCUGGUGAA